UACGCGGCGAUUUCAUCAUGCACCCGGCCUGGCCGCGCGCGCCGCUUCCGCCGCCGCCCCCUCCGGACUUCCCAGGGCAGCGGUCUCAUGCCCUCUCUGCGCCCGGCGCUGCUUAGAGCCACCCGCGCCGCUCUGCUGCUGUCGCCGCUGCCCCGGCUCCCGGCCCGGCCUCCUCUUCUGCCCUGCCGGCCCAUCAGCAAGCCAGCCCGCGCCCCGACCUCGUUCCCCGCUGCCGCCUCCCGGAGCAGCAUGGAUGGUGCGGGGGCUGAGGAGGUGCUGGCACCUCUCAGGCUAGCGGUGCGCCAGCAGGGAGAUCUUGUGCGAAAACUGAAAGAAGAUAAAGCACCCCAGGUCGAUGUAGACAAAGCAGUAGCUGAGCUCAAAGCCCGGAAGAGGGUUCUGGAAGCAAAGGAGCUAGCGUUACAGCCCAAAGAUGAUGUUGUAGACAGAGCGAAAAUGGAAGAUACCCUGAAGAGGAGGUUUUUCUACGAUCAAGCUUUUGCUAUUUAUGGAGGUGUUAGUGGUCUCUAUGAUUUUGGGCCAGUUGGAUGUGCUUUGAAAAACAAUAUUAUUCAGACGUGGAGGCAGCACUUUAUCCAAGAGGAACAGAUUCUGGAGAUUGACUGCACCAUGCUCACCCCUGAGCCAGUUUUAAAGACUUCUGGCCAUGUAGACAAAUUUGCUGACUUCAUGGUGAAAGAUGUAAAAAAUGGAGAGUGUUUUCGUGCUGACCAUCUAUUGAAAGCUCAUUUACAGAAAUUGAUGUCUGAUAAGAAGUGUUCUGCUGAGAAGAAAUCAGAGAUGGAAAGUGUCUUGGCCCAGCUCGAUAACUAUGGACAGCAAGAACUGGGGGAUCUUUUUGUGAACUAUAAUGUAAAAUCCCCCACUACUGGAAAUGAUCUUUCCCCUCCAGUGCCUUUUAACUUAAUGUUCAAGACCUUCAUUGGGCCUGGAGGAAACAUGCCUGGAUACUUGAGACCAGAAACUGCACAGGGGAUUUUCCUGAAUUUCAAACGACUUUUGGAAUUCAACCAAGGAAAGUUGCCUUUUGCUGCGGCCCAGAUUGGAAAUUCUUUCAGAAAUGAGAUCUCCCCUCGAUCUGGACUGAUCCGAGUCAGAGAAUUCACAAUGGCAGAAAUUGAGCACUUUGUAGAUCCCAGUGAGAAAGACCAUCCCAAGUUCCAGAACGUGGCAGACCUCCACUUGUAUUUGUAUUCAGCGAAAGCCCAGGUCAGCGGACAGUCUGCUCGGAAAAUGCGCCUAGGAGAUGCUGUUGAACAGGGCGUGAUUAACAACUCAGUAUUAGGCUAUUUCAUUGGCCGCAUCUACCUCUACCUCAUGAAGGUUGGCGUAUCUCCAGAUAAGCUCCGCUUCCGACAGCACAUGGAGAAUGAGAUGGCCCAUUAUGCCUGUGACUGUUGGGAUGCCGAAUCCAAAACAUCCUACGGCUGGAUUGAGAUUGUCGGAUGUGCUGACCGUUCCUGUUAUGACCUUUCUUGUCAUGCGAGAGCCACCAAAGUCCCACUCGUAGCUGAGAAGCCUCUGAAAGAGCCCAAAACAGUCAAUGUUGUUCAGUUUGAACCUAAUAAGGGAGCAAUUGGCAAGGCAUAUAAGAAGGACGCAAAGCUGGUGAUGGAGUACCUUGCCGUUUGUGAUGAGUGUUACAUUACAGAAAUGGAGAAACUACUGAAUGAAAAAGGGGAAUUUACUAUUGAAACUGAAGGGAAAACAUUUCAGUUGACAAAAGACAUGGUCAUUGUGAAGAGGUUCCAGAAAACACUACAUGUGGAAGAAGUUGUUCCGAGUGUAAUUGAACCCUCAUUUGGCCUGGGUAGGAUCAUGUAUACAGUAUUUGAACAUACAUUCCAAAUACGCGAGGGAGAUGAACAGAGAACGUUCUUCAGUUUCCCUGCUGUAGUAGCUCCAUUCAAAUGUUCCGUCCUUCCACUGAGCCAAAACCAGGAGUUCAUGCCGUUUGUCAAGGAAUUAUCGGAAGCCUUGACCCGGCACGGCAUCUCUCACAAAGUAGACGAUUCCUCGGGGUCCAUCGGAAGACGCUACGCCAGGACUGAUGAGAUCGGCGUGGCUUUCGGCAUCACCAUUGACUUUGAUACAGUGAACAAGGCCCCUCACACGGCAACCCUGCGGGACCGAGACUCCAUGCGGCAGAUAAGAGCAGAGGUCUCUGAACUGCCCAGCGUAGUUCGCGAUCUGGCCAAUGGCAGCAUCACGUGGGCUGAUGUGGAGGCCAGAUAUCCUCUCUUUGAAGGUCAAGAAACUGGGAAAAAAGAGACAAUCGAAGAAUGAGGACAGUUUUGGCAACUUUUGACCAUUUGCGCUAAUAAAAGAAUAACUCUCGUCAUGUCCACUUUACAAAAAAAAAAAACAGCAUUGCAUCUCCUCCCGGGGACUGCAUUUUAUCCUCAGUGGCUGCCUGAUCUUACUCCCACAAUUAAAGCUGAAGGAAUUCUGAACAAACCUGUAAUCCGCUUGCUCAUCUUUCCGCGUUCUCAGCAAAGCUAUUUCUCCUACCUUUGGGUAGACACUCACGGCUUAAUGUUAAACACAGUUAAUACAUUUUAAAGUUAACUUUAUUCAGAGAGCCGUAAAGUUCACCUGUUUGAAGCUUACAAUCUGAUGGCGUUUAGUGUAUUUACAGAGCUGUGUAACUGCCUUCCAAUUUUAGAACAUCUCCGUCGCUCCAAAAGGAGCUCUCAUGCGCCUCCCAGCCCCAGCUGCAAGCAGCCACUCAUCUGUCUGUGGACUUGCCUUUUCUAUCCUUUCUCUUUCUCCGAGAAGGUGGUGAUGCACUGUGCCAAAGAGGCAGCAGUCUCUGAGUAGGUGGGCGGCUUCUGGGAGGAGCUGAGGUGCGGAGGAGGCUUGCUGGGGUGGGGUCAGGGCUGCUGACCCCAUUCUCCUGCUGACAGAGUCUCCGGGAGGGGGUGCCUUGACAGAAAGCCUCUAUUUGAAUUUUAAGACGUGCUUGUACUUAGCUUCCCAGGUAGCCCUGGAAAUCACUAGUAGUUUUUGGCUCAGCUUUUGAGGGACUUUACUUCUAUGAUGUUUUUGUACAGGACACUCAGAACACAGAUGUUUAUUUGUUAGGAAAAAAUUCAAGGAUGUGCCAAUUUGAGCAGCUCUUUAUUUACAGACCUAAGACUGUCUGGCUUCCCAUCUUCCUCUCAGACAGUAGAGGGGAGGGGAGGGGCCCUUUCCAGAAUGUUUUCCUUUGUCUUGGGUGUGAAGAGCAGUUGAAGAGUGCCCCAGGGAUUCUCUCAUCUUUAUCUCAUCUCCGAUGACGCCUACCACAGUAUUGCACGUAGUAGGUGGUCAAUAAAUAGACUUUGGAUGAGUCUUGAAGUUUUGAACAAAUAUGGGGAAGAAAGCCUUUCACUGAAACUUAUUUCUCUUCUACCCAGUGCUUUUCAAAGUAUUCAUCAUUAAAUGAGAAGGAACUAGCUUUUAAAUAAACUGAGUUUUUAUUUUCUAGGGAUUCUUUUCACCUCAGAUUCCUAAUAAUCUAGCUCUUCACUUGGGGUGUAUUCCAGCAUUGUCACAUCGGGGCUGGAGUAGGGGUGGGGGGCAGUUGUCUUUACUUCUUCCCAUUUAUUUAACUUCCUUUUACAGUGGGCGCCUCCAUAGUCAGACAGUCACCGCCACCUCAGACAUUGUUAUGAGCUCCUUGAUGAGAAAAGAUACAUUAAACACAUAGUGGGAUUUACCUACUUCGGAUCAUAAAGGGAUUGGAACCCAAGCGCUCUUCGUUUUUCAUUGGAAAAUACAUUUGCCAUGAGUUAGAUGCUGGAUAUUAAUUCUACCAGCCCUGCCUUCUCUGUUCUUUCCUCUAUGUGCAAUGCGUAAUUUCUCCUGAGAGAACACCCGGUGUCUCUGAAGCGACUGAUUACCUGAGUGGGGAAGAUGGGCCAGUGGCAGAGCCCUCUGGUUCUGUGUCACGUGUGCUUGCUUGUGAGCACAAGCAGCGAAAGAGUUGUUUUCUAAACAAAGAGGCUCUUUACACACAAGAGUUGUGUGCACACACCCCUCUCCUCUGUUCAAGCCCGAUGCGUAUAUAAAGCCAGGGUCUUUCUGGCUUGAUAUACUGUAAGGCCCUUAUUAUUUAUGUAUUUGUAUGUAGCAAACUGGGCUGUAGCUCAAGAGCUGGGUAAGUAGCACUGCCUCUCAGGGAAGCCACAUCUGUUCUUCGCUGUCCUGAAAAACAGGGAUGGGGAAGGGUCAGAUUCUAACUGGUUUCCAUGGAAUGUACGUAGGAACACAGGAGUUCCUUUAAAACUUCGGUUGGAAUUCAGGAGCUGAGUCUAGAGAGGUGUCCUGUGCCUGAGUUCUGCAGGAGUCCAGAACCUUAGUAGUGCUUAAUAGCUCAUAGUAGUAAAAUACUGAAUACAGAUGAGCGUUCCAGAAAAGGAGAUCAUUGCCAAGUCGUGUAAAUACAGAAAUGAUCUUACUAAUUGGGUGAGAUGGUACUGGAGACGUCUGAUGUCCAAAGGUCUUUGU